GCCGUUCACGUCGGGGCGCUCUUCCCCAUGUCCGGGGGGUGGCCGGGAGGUCAAGCGUGUCUGCCCGCGGUCAGGAUGGCCUUGGAGGACAUCAACGAGCGCAGGGACAUCCUGCCCGACUACGAGCUGCGGCUCAUCCACCACGACAGCAAGUGUGACCCCGGCCAGGCCACCAAGUUCCUGUACGAGCUGCUCUACAACGACCCCAUCAAGAUCAUCCUCAUGCCCGGCUGCAGCAGCGUCUCCACCCUGGUGGCCGAGGCCGCGCGGAUGUGGAACCUCAUCGUGCUUUCCUACGGCUCCAGCUCCCCGGCUCUCUCGAACCGCCAGCGCUUCCCGACGUUUUUCCGGACUCAUCCGUCGGCGACGCUCCACAAUCCCACGCGCGUCCAACUCUUCAAGAAAUGGGGCUGGACCAAAAUCGCCACCAUCCAACAAACCACCGAGGUCUUCACCUCGACCCUGGAUGACCUCGACCAGCGGGUGAAGGAGGCCGGACUGGAGAUCACCUUCCGGCAGAGUUUCUUCUCCGACCCCGCCGCGCCCGUCCGGAACCUCAAGCGGCAGGACGCGCGGAUCAUCGUGGGGCUCUUCUACGAGACGGAAGCGCGGAAAGUCUUCUGUGAGGUCUACAAGGAGAAGCUCUACGGCAAGAAGUACGUCUGGUUCCUGAUUGGCUGGUACGCCGACAACUGGUUCCGCAUCAAGGACCCGGCCAUCAACUGCACCGAGGCCGAGAUGGCCGAGGCCGUCGAGGGUCACGUGACCACCGAGAUCGUCAUGCUCAACCCCGAGAACACGCGCAGCAUCUCCAACAUGACGUCCCAAGAGUUCAUAGAGAAGCUCCAGAAGAGGUUGGGCAAGAACCCGGAGGAGACCGGCGGCUUCCAGGAGGCGCCGUUGGCCUAUGAUGCCAUCUGGGCCUUGGCCCUGGCACUCAACAAGACGUCCCAAGAGUUGGUCAAGAAGGGGUUGAGGUUGGAAGACUUCAACUACAACAACAAGAACAUCACCGACGAGAUCUACCGGGCCCUCAACUCCUCAGCCUUCGAGGGCGUCUCGGGUCACGUGGUGUUCGACGCCAGCGGCUCCCGCAUGGCCUGGACCUUGAUCGAGCAGCUCCAAGGUGGGGUGUACAAGAAGAUCGGGUACUACGACAGCACCAAGGACAACCUGUCCUGGUACAACAACGACAAAUGGAUCGGGGGUUCCCCCCCGGCCGAUUACACCAAGGUGAUCACGACGUUCCGAUUCCUGUCCCAAAAAUUGUUCAUUUCCGUCUCGGUGUUGGCGUCUCUUGGGAUCGUCCUGGCCGUCGUCUGCUUGGCCUUCAACAUCUACAACGGGCACGUGAGGUACAUCCAGAAUUCCCAGCCCUACCUGAACAACAUGACGGCCGUGGGUUGUACCCUGGCGCUCGCCGCCGUUUUCCCGCUGGGCCUCGACGGAUACCACAUCGGGCCGGGGCUCUUCCCCUUCGUCUGCCAGGCGCGGCUGUGGCUGCUGGGACUGGGGUUCAGCCUGGCCUACGGCAGCAUGUUCACCAAGAUCUGGUGGGUGCACACCGUCUUCACCAAGAAGGACGACAAGAAGGACAAGAGGAAGAGCCUGGAGCCCUGGAAGCUGUACGCCACCGUGGGGGGCCUGGUUGGGUUUGACGUGGUGACGCUGAGCGUGUGGCAGAUCGUGGACCCGCUGCACCGCACCAUCGAGGAAUUCACCAAGGAGGAGCCCAAGUCGGACAUGGACGUCUCCAUCCUGCCCCAGCUCGAGCACUGCAGCUCCACCAAGAUGAACACCUGGCUCGGGAUUUUUUACGGUUUCAAGGGGUUGCUGCUGUUGUUGGGAAUUUUUUUGGCCUACGAGACCAAAAGCGUUUCCACGGAAAAAAUCAACGAUCACCGCGCCGUGGGCAUGGCCAUCUACAACGUGGCGGUUCUGUGCCUGAUCACGGCGCCGGUGACGCUGAUCCUGAGCUCGCAGCACGACGCCGCCUUCGCCUUCGCCGCGCUCGCCGUCGUCUUCUCCUCCUACAUCACCCUCGUGGUUCUCUUCGUGCCCAAGGUGAGCCCGGGCAAAAAAAAAAGGAACGGGGGGGAGGGGGGGGAAAAAGAAAAAAAAAAAUAAUAAAUAAAUAAAUAAAUAAAACCUUACGGAAUUUUUUGGGGAUUUUUUUACAAAUUUUUGGGGUUUUUUUAUUUUUUGGAGAUUUUUUUUUUUUGGGUUUUUUUUUUGUAUUUUUUUAAGGGUUUUUUUUUUUAAUAUUUUUUUUAGGGUUUUUUUUAAUAUUUUUUUUAGGGUUUUUUUUAAUAUUUUUUUUAGGGGUUUUUUUAAUAUUUUUUUGAGGUUUUUCUUUUAAUAUUUUUUUAGGGUUUUUUUUAAUAUUUUUUUUAGGUUUUAUUUUAAUUUU